UUAUUUCCUUGUACCCUUUUUGUCUUGUUUAAAAACAUUUUUUAUUAUUACAAAAGUUUGAUAAACCAAUCACAGAAUCUUAAGAUGUACUCUUGUAAAUUUAUUUGCCUUCUCAUAGCUGUUGCUAGUAGAUUAUUUACUGUCAUCUUCUGUUAUCACUAUGAAGAAAACGAUGCUAUACCUAUUAUGGAUCCCCAAGAACUGAUAAAUUAUACACGUCAAGAAAACAUGGGAAGGCGUUUACUACUGCGAAGUCGUAAUAAAAACGUUCAUAUAACUCUGACAACUAUGGAAUGUUCUACAGAAGAAACUGUAAAGACUGAUGUAGAGGAUAAAGAGAUCCUAAAUUUGCGCAAAAUUUGGAGUCGAUGGGGAAAAUGGAGUCGCUGUUCUGUUACUUGUGGUGACGGUGUGAUUACUCGACGAAGGCUGUGUGUGACCGGAAGGUGUGCUCCUGGGGAGUUUGAAGAGCAAAGGCGUCCAUGCAGCCGCGCAUCCUGUUUUGUAUCACCAGAACCCGGGGAUGAUCUACGGGAUCCAGACUGAUAAGAAUUUUGAUUGAAGCUAGAGCUAUAGCUUUCGCUUACCAACUGAGGUCUAUAGAGAGUACUUUGACUUCAUCAGCCAGAGUUAGUGUCAAAUGAAAAAGAUUUGUCGGACAUGUUUCUCUUGUUUUACUUCUGUCUUGAGUUUGAGGUAAGACUAUAACAAAACUGUUUUGCUGUACACAUAUAUCAAUUUUUUAUAAUGUGUGUUCGAGUGUGCAGUAAGGCUAAGCACCCUAUAUAGAUCUCAGGCUCAGUUUACCAUCAAUUCCAUGAACACAUGACAACUGAUGAUAGUGUGAGCCUUCUGGUGUUAAAGGUAAUAUAUACUUAUACUGCCAGUCCAAACAAUCUCUCGAUCAAUCCAUAAAAUGGAACAAUAUCUCUGGAAAAAGAGUUGUUAUAAUUAAUGAUUUCCAGUGUGAUUAAAAAAUGUUUUUUCACAAUUAUGCACAGGCAAAUAAUUUCCGCAAGAUUCGUAGAACGGUUGAUAGGUUGUAAUAGUGCUUUAUGAAACAAGUGUGGUAAAUUUUAUUUUAUUAUUGAGAAGGAAGCCGUAAAUGAUCAAUGCACACGCGUUUCUUACGACGUUUUUCAUCACACUUGCUAGGAAAAAAAGAAUUAUAUUGAUGUAAUAAUUUAUUGGGUGUAAUAAGUAGAAUGUCGAGGCUCAGGCCAAAACUUCUUCGUCUGUGACUCCAAAUUAAUGGAUUUUGUUAUCUUUAGACUUGUUUAUUUACACUGAUCUUUGCUUUGUUAUGAAUAGAGUCUGCGUGAGUGACUGCGUCAGAUUGCCAGCUGCUAUGACGCUUGACGCUUUAAGUUUAAUAUAUCGGCCGUGAAUCAGCCAGCAAUAAAGCCGAAGUUUUUCAAACACUGGGGACGGUGUAAGAAUCAGCCUCGGGCAAAUCGAAAAAGUUAGUUGCCAAAUUUCUUUUGGCAUGGCCCCAAAAUUCGGCGAUGCAAAUGGGUUGAGCUGUGUCUUUUCCGAGUGAGAGGAAUUGAUAACGCAGCAGUUUUUAUCCUUGUUGACAGAAGAGCUUAAUGUUUUUAUGCUAUUUCAUAAAACUUACCGUGGAUUGUAAAAUAUUGUUGAAUCUCACUUUUGUUGUGAUACACUUAAUCUCACACGUUAGUGCAACCUGCAAAGAGAUCAAAUAAUUACUUUCUUAUUUUCAUGAACUAAUGCUAGUGAAAAUUAAUUAAGAAAUGAUAUUUUCGUGUUCAAUAUCUUGGAUUAUGAUUAUUAUGAAGAUGUGAUAAUGUCCACGUUACGAGCAAGUGUGAUGAAAAAUAUAAUUUUGGACCCUUAUUAUGUAUUUGCUAAAAACUCAAAGUUAAAUUACCUCUAACAUUUGUCAGAACUCAGUAAAAUGGUAAAUUGGUAAAUUAGAGAUAAAGUAACUAAAUGCAGUAGGUAGGUACGCUAUUAGAUAGUUGUUUCUACUAACUAAGAAAAUGAAAUAUUGCUGCUCUUUAGGUAUUAUCUGUAUAACUUCUAAUAUAAACUGAUCUUUAGAACAGUGUUAGUUAUUCGACAAUAUGAUGUUGUCAUUAAGUGAUUUACUUACCUUUCAA